AUGGCUGAGUGGAGCUGGGUGGUUUACACGGUAGUUGAAGUGCUGAUUUCCGUGGCCUGUUGCUUGGGCAACAUGUUGGUGGUGUGUGCGGUGUGUGUUGGCCUGCGGGAUUCCCUCCGGGAGCCUACCUUCUGCUUCCUGGUCUCCUUGGCAGUGGCUGACUUCCUGGUGGGUGUGGCUGCUGUGCCCCUGGCCGUAUUAUUGGACGGCUGGGUGAGGUUGACCCCGGACCUGUGCCUGCUCCUCAGCUGUGUCGUGCUCGUGCUGACGCAGGCCUCGGUUCUGUCAUUGCUUGCUAUCGCUGUGGACCGAUACCUGCGGUUACACAUACCACUCAGAUACAAAUCCCUGGCCACACAGAGGCGCACGUGGUUGGCCGUGUCUAUGUGCUGGAUACUUUCCUGUCUACUGGGGUUCACCCCUCUGUUUGGCUGGAACAACUACUCCUCCCUCACGUCUGAUUCCACCAAUGCAUCCUCCUCUUCCCCCAUCUCGCCACCAUGCACCUUCCUCUCUGUAAUUUCUCUCCCCUUUAUGGUCUACUACAACUUCUUAGGUUGUGUAAUGGCACCCCUGCUGGUCAUGACGCUCCUCUACAUUCGAAUCUUCUGGAGCCUUCAGGGCCGUCUGAAGGACAGCUGUCCCCAGGCCCGGGCCUCUCUGCUCAGGGAGAGGAGGCUGGCCUGCUCUCUGGCUCUGGUUCUCAUUUUGUUUGCCAGCUGCUGGAUUCCUCUGCACCUGAUGAACUGUCUGCUGCUGUUCCACGGCCCGCAAGCUGUCCCGCGGGGGGCGCUCUAUACAGGUAUCCUCUUGUCUCAUGCCAACUCAGCCAUCAACCCUGUGGUCUACGCCUAUCGCAUCCCAAAGAUCCAGCAGGCCUACAGUCAAAUAUGGAGGCGAUUUCUCCUGAGGCUCAAAUGUUGCCAUGGGGACGAGCAGGUUCCUCGAUCAAUAACAAGCAGCCUGACCAAUCACACGGAGAUGUGGGGUUCGGGAGGGAAAGCCACACCCUGA